CCCCAACUUCGUCUGCUUACAAUUGUCACUUUAUUCCCUACCUAAAGCGACCAGGAAAUUGAAGAAAGAAAAAAAGACCAGCAUGUCCCAAUUCCUCCGCUUUACCCCCACGGCCGCCCGCCGUCUCGCCACGCCGUCCACCUUCGGCUCCAAAUCCAGCCUCUCCGAGACCUUGGCCCUGCUCCCGCCGCUGCAGCUCUACCGUCGCAUUCUCCGCGUGCACCGCAAGAAACUUGACCCCGAGAUGCGGAUCCUGGGUGAUGGCUAUGUGAAGAGUGAAUUCCGGGCUCAUCGGAAUGUGGAUAAUCCGUUGCAUAUUAUUGGUUUCCUCACGGAAUGGCAAUUAUAUGCGCAGAAAUUGGAGGGAGAUGCGUGGAUUGGGGAGAAGUUGGAUAAGAGUAAACUGGAUAAGAUGAGUGAUCAGCAGAUUGGGCAGUUGUAUGAGCUUAUGCAGGCGAUUCAGAAUAAGGAUGGGGAGGGAGAGGGGGAGGGGGAG